CACCGCUCCGUACAAAAAUGUUGAGGCUACAAUCUAUAAAAUUGGCAAAGGCAAAACAUCUUACCGUCCCUUCUCCCUCUUCUCUACGCUUGGUGAAGAAGCGAAUGAUAGCCAUGGACCUUAUGCACCAUUCGUCCUGUUUUCUUCUCCCCACGAUUCCCCUACAACGACGCCCUUCUCUAACGUACGCCCUGCUCGUUCUUAACCAAAACCUCCCCAGAUUCACUCCUCUUCUCUGGAACCACGCUCAGCUUCACCUCUGUGCUGACGGUGGCGCCAAUCGCUUGUAUGACGAAAUGCCUCUGUUCUUCCCUCAGGAAGGUGCCUCUGAUGUUCGACGCAGAUACAAGCCGGAUGUAAUUAAAGGAGAUAUGGAUUCGAUACGAAGAGAAGUUCUUGAGUUUUAUGCCAGCCUUGGAACUGAAAUUGUUGAUAAAUCUCAUGAUCAAGAUACCACUGAUCUACAUAAAUGUGUAACAUACAUUCGUGACUCUGCUUCGGGUUUGGAUAAGUCUAAUCUUUGCAUUCUUGUUGUUGGAGCACUUGGUGGACGAUUUGAUCAUGAGAUGGGGAACCUAAAUGUCAUAUGCCGUUUCUCGUACAUGCGAAUAGUCCUUUUAUCCAACGAUAGUCUCAUUCAUCUCCUUCCAAGGACUUACUGUCACGAGAUACAUAUCCAAACUUCCGUUGAGGGCCCGCACUGUGGACUCAUCCCAAUUGGGACGCCAUCAAAAAGCAGUACAACGACCGGGCUUCAGUGGGACCUGAAUAACACAGCGAUGGAAUUUGGUGGUCUAGUAAGCACAUCGAAUAUAGUUAAGGAAGAGAAAGUGACGGUGCAAUCUGAUUGUGACCUUCUUUGGACCAUUUCCAUUAAGAAGUUAUAGUAGCGGCUGUUAUUUAUUAUGUACAUAUAUUUCAUAGUUUGCUUUCGUAUGAAUUGGCUGCGGAUUUAGCUUUUGUGUAAAAAGGGCCGGUCGAAAAAGCCGAUGUUGAUGGGGUGAUUUUGAAAAGAUGAAAAAUGAAAAACUAUUGCAUUGCUGCCUGCAAAAGUGCAAAGCAAUGAAAUGUAGCAAUUGUUGUCGUCUGAAAGUUAGAACCACUUUAUUACCAUUUAUUAUUUCAAUAUUUAUUCUCUGUUUUCUUUUCCAA